GUUAGAAACGUACGGGAGCGGUUCUCAUCUCUCAUAUAAAUAUGUAGGGCCUUUCGUCCACUCCCCUCCUUUUAUAAAUCUUCCGAAUCAAGCUACGUUUUUCUUUAACAGUUAAAAGCUUUUUCUUGGUGGUUUUCUUACAUUCCAGAACGCGGAGGCUCGUCUGGAACCCUUUGAAUUUGAGGAUUUGCCUGGUUAUUACAAGAUUUCUCCAUUGUCUUUAGCAUUCGGUGCGGGAAAAUCGAUUCUGAUUUGAAGGCUGUAAAGCGUUUACAAUGAAGUUCGGGGAGAAAUUUACAGAGUAUUUACUUACAGAAGGUGAAAGAUUUAGGGACAAAUACUCACACGUCGAAUACAAGCGGUUAAAGAAGGUGCUGAAGAAAUGCCGAUCGGGAGAUGUGCAUGAAGAUGGCGCGACAACAGAGGCGGUAGAAGCGCUUGAUACAGAAAACGAGGCCGCCAUCUGCAGAGGAACGGUCAGGUGUGUUUCCAGGUCGUGCGAUUUUUCAAGGACGCUGUGCCCUUCACAAACCUGCCCAGUAUGCGACAAAAUCUUCUUUUACGAACUCUCAAAAGAAAUAUCGGCGAUAGUUGGAUGUUUCAGUUCCCGUGCCAGACGUUUGCUGCACCUGCACCUUGCUUCAGGCUUUCAGAGAUAUUUAUGGCGUAUAAAACACCGCUUCGCUGAUGAUCAUCUGGCGAUGAUUCAAGAGGGCCGGAAUCUUGUCAGUUAUGUGGCCAUGAAUGCUCUCGCCGUCCGCAAAAUUCUGAAGAAGUAUGACAAGAUACAUAAAUCUGUUAACGGCCGGAACUUCAAGACAAAGUUGCAGGCCAAACAUAUAGAACUUUUGAAGUCUCCCUGGUUAAUUGAAUUGAGUGCUUUUCAGAUCAACUCAAGAGACUCAGAGCAUGGCUAUAUUGGUGAAAUAUUUCCUGAAUGCUCUUGUGAUUUUACUGGAAGUGAUCCUGUAAUUAGAUGCACACUGCCUGAUUCUGAGAAAUUAGAGUUUAGUCUCACAUGCCCUAUUUGUCUGGACACAGUUUUUGAUCCAGUUUCAUUGGGAUGUGGGCAUAUGUUUUGCAAUAGUUGUGCUUGCACAGGGGCCUCUGUACCCACAGUUGAAGGAGUGAAAACAGCCAACAGACGGGCAAAAUGCCCGAUUUGCAGACAGAUGGGAGUUUAUAUGGACGCAGUUCAUUUGACUGAGUUGAGUUUACUGGUGAAGAAAAGGUGUAGGGAAUAUUGGAACGAAAGAUUGCAAACAGAGCGAGCAGAAAGAAUUAAACAAGCGAAGGAACACUGGGAUCUUCAAUCUCGAUUUAUAUUAGGAUUUUAGCACAGUGAUUUGAUUCUCUGUUACCUACAGUUGAGUCGUUGAGUAAGAAAAGCAUCUUGUCUAUAAAUAAAUUGCAAUAUUAGAAAUGGCGUGUUUCUGGUGAUGUUUAUUAUGUACAAAACCUGAUCUCUUGAUGAACUUCUGGUGAUGAUAAACUAGAUAUAGUGUCGUGGGGAGUUGUAUAUAACAAGUUUCUACUUUUUAAUCCUUACUAAUGCAGGAGAAACCAUCUCUAUAUUCCUGAUAAGUGUUAAUAAAUCGCCUUUCUGGCCAAA